UCAAGUCCCCUUGACUGUCUCCUUCACGGUGGGCUCGAAGGCACACACAGCUGACGUUCAACCGAGCUGGCCGCUGUCCUCACGCUGUGGGUGAAAACAGGGACCUUGCAAUGAUCUCGCUGGACUUCAAUUUCAACAUUUUGACAAGGGACCUGUCACAUUAUUUGGAAAAUCAAGUGAAAGUUGGGCUGUUCGGUUCGGGUGUAGGGCUGUCUCUGGUACUGGGCUUUAGCGCAGCGUACACCUGCUACUAUCUGCUUUCAGUAGCGAAGAAGCCACAGCUCAUCUCAGGGGGUAAGAAGUUCUACCACUUUCUGAGGGAGCAAUGUCCGGUGGUGUCAGAGACCUACUACCCCACCUUUUGGUGCUGGGAGAGCCGCAUCCAGACUCUGCUGAGACCCUUUGUCACAGCCAAACCUGGGGUCGUCUACAGAAAUGAGCUUAUUAGGGCAGCAGAUGGAGGACAGAUCUCUUUGGAUUGGUUUGACAACGACGACAGCCUCUCUCAUCCUGACCCUGCCACCAGGCCCACUGUCCUGCUUCUGCCCGGUCUGACCGGCACCAGCCGAGAGUCCUACAUCCUGCACAUGGUCCAACAGAGCCGGGAUCUGGGUUAUAGAUGCGUGGUAUUCAACAACAGAGGGGUUUCCGGGGAAACACUGCUGACCCCAAGGACCUACUGUGCAGCCAACACAGAGGAUCUGGAGAUGGUUAUUGAGCACAUCCAGGGGACUAAUGAAGCUGCUCCAAUCAUGGCUGCUGGAGUAUCAAUGGGCGGGAUGAUGCUGGCCAACUACUUGGGCCGCAAGGGCCGGGAAACCUGUCUGAAAGGUGUCGUAGCCUUCUCAGCAGGCUGGGAUGUGUUUGAGUGCACCGCUUCACUGGAAAAACCCCUGGACCGUUUCCUCUUUAACUCCUACCUCACCAGCUGCCUACAAGCCUCUGUGCACAGACACAGACCAGUGCUUGAAAAGUGUUAUGACAUCGAUCAUGUCAUGAAGGCAAGGACCAUUCGUGAGUUUGACGAGAGGUUCACCUCCAUAAUGUUUGGCUAUCCUACCAAUGAUGACUACUACCAUGAUGCCAGUCCUGUCCACAGGCUGAAAUCUGUGCAGGUGCCAAUGCUGUGUCUGAACGCUGCUGAUGACGUCUUCUCCCCGUCUCAUGCCAUUCCAGUGGAGGCAGUGAAGCAGAAUCCAAACCUGGCCAUGCUCAUCACCUGUCAUGGCGGCCAUAUUGGUUUCCUCGAGGGCCUGUGGCCUCGACAGAGCACUUAUAUGGAUCGAGUCUUCAAGCAGUUUGCUCAGGCGGUCAUCGAACAAGGCAGCCGACUCAAAGACCUCUCCUGAUAAGAGAACUUAAAGUGUUCCUCUAGAUUCACUUCCUUCCUUCCUCUCUUAUGUUCCUUUCUUGAUUCCUUCCUUUUCUUUCAUUUUUUUGCCAUCCAUCUUUCCUUGCUGCAUUCCAUCCAUUUCUGAUUCCAUUCUUCCUUGUUUUUUGCUACCUUCAUUCCUUUGUUACUUCCUUUGACCUUUUUUCCUUGCCCUUCAUCCCUCCUUACUGCAUUCCAUCCAUCCUUUAUUCCAUCCCUCUUUACCUAAUCUUUUUCCGGCUAUUUCCUUCCGUCCAUUGACCUUCCUUUAUCUUUGCCCUCCAUCCUUCCGUCCCAUUCUUCCCCCUGCCACAAGCAAAAAAAACAUUCUUUCUCAUUUGAAAGGCACAUCUAAUUGAAUGCAGUGUUGCUUUCAACAUUCACUUAUUUAUUCCACACAGUUACCAAGUCAUUGUAUGUAACCAUACUCUCAAUAGUAUGCACAUUGACUAAAAACAAGCAUAGCUGUUCAUGUCACUGUUGAAAAGCUGAAUCUUUGCCCAUCUUGUUUAGUUGCAUUAGCUAGCUAAGAUAUUAUGCGAUUAACUUGUGCAAUUAUUUUCUUUUGAAGUUAACACAAGUACUGUACAUGAAAAUCCAACCAUCUUUGUUAAUGAUGCGUCCUUUAUUACUCAUAUCAGUAGGAUUUUAGCCCUCAGGGAUUGUCUUUAUUUUCUCAUACUUCUUUCCUUUUUGUGCAGUUUUGUUUUGUCAGUCAUUCUCCUUUAGUUCUUAUUUUCCUCAGUUAAAGGUAUAUGUUAUUUACCACUGGCAUAUGGUUGUUUUUUUUUCUUUAAAGUAAUAGUUUGAUAUAGGACGAUACACUUAUUUACUUUCUUGCAGAGAGUUAGGUGAGAAGGUUAUUCAACUCUCAUGUGAGUUCAUUAAAUAUGAAGCUACAGUCAGCCGUUGAUUAGCUUAGCUUAGCAUGAAGACUGGAAGUAUGGGGGGAAACAGCUAGCUUAGUUCAGUCCAAAGGUACGUAAGCUACGCUAACCAGCUGCUGCAUAUGUGACGUAUAGACAUAAGAGUAGUAGCAAUCUUUUCAUGUAACUCUUGGCAAAGAAAGUAAAUGAGUAAUUCUGAUCCUUCUUUUAACCUCCUGCAUGUACCUUUACUAUCACACAUUCUACUUUUACACACACCAAAUAGCUCUACAAAUGUAUAUGAAGAAUAAUUCAUUAAUGACAAGGAAUGUGAAAUUGCACUAUUUUAGUUGAUACUAUCAUGCCUCUAACUCCUUAAUGCAAGGCACUUCAUUCGAUAUAUGAAAGGAUAUCCCAAAGGCUGAACAGAGCAGUAUAUGAAUUCCAUGAGGUUUUCUUUGUGGGAAUGUUCGUGGUUAUUAUUGUAAAAAAAAAGACUGAGGGUGCUAGAUACGGUGAUGUGGAUGAAGUAAUGCACACAGGAAGACAGAGUGUGUACAUAUUGGCUCUUUGAAGUGGUGAAUGUUGCUUUACAACAUGCAUAGUAUCAUUAAUGGAACCUGGUUGUCAGUCGUUUUAGAUGUCGUUUCGCCAACAAUGAUCAAGGGGCUGGCUACCGUGUAUGAGUUGGCAUCAAUGAAACGAGCAGAUCUGACUGGAGGCCAGAUUUUCAGUAAUGCACUGCAUGGCGGAUUUUGACUUCCUGUUCCUGUGGAAUUUCAGUGUCUUGUUUGUUCUGCCAAGUGUCCAUUGAGUAGCAUGUGUCUCAUCGGCAUCAUCAGGUCCUGAACCUUAACACUUUGUAAUCUGUAGCACAAAAUGUUUGUUUUCUCAUAGGACGCUGCAUUUCAUUUUGUACACUACAUAAAAAAAGAAAGAAAAAACAAUGUGUUUAACAUGUGCAGCAAUAAGAUUUUAAAUUAUAAAAAAUUGUCUCUAUAGUAUAAGUACCAGUAUAUGCACAUUAUCAACAUGAGUGUAAUAUGCUGUAUUUAAUAAAUUAUUAAACAGAGU